AUGGAAGUUUUCCCCUUGCUCUUGGUUUUGUCCGUCUGGUGGUCUCGAACCUGGGACUCGGCAAAUGCGGAUUCGAUCAUUCACAUCGGGGCAAUUUUUGAUGAAUCUGCCAAAAAAGAUGAUGAGGUAUUUCGCACAGCAGUUGGUGACCUCAACCAGAAUGAGGAGAUCUUACAGACCGAGAAAAUCACAUUUUCAGUGACAUUUGUUGAUGGCAACAACCCUUUUCAAGCAGUUCAAGAAGCCUGUGAACUUAUGAGUCAAGGCAUCUUAGCCUUGGUCAGCUCCAUUGGCUGCACAUCAGCAGGGUCCCUCCAGUCUUUGGCAGAUGCCAUGCAUAUCCCCCACCUCUUCAUUCAGCGCUCAACAGCUGGGACUCCAAGAAGUAGCUGUGGACUCACCAGGAGCAACAGGAAUGACGACUAUACUCUCUCUGUUCGCCCACCUGUCUACUUGAAUGAUGUUAUCCUAAGAGUGGUCACAGAGUAUGCCUGGCAGAAAUUCAUUAUAUUCUAUGAUAGUGAAUAUGAUAUCCGUGGAAUACAGGAGUUUUUGGACAAAGUAUCUCAGCAGGGGAUGGAUGUUGCACUUCAGAAGGUAGAAAACAACAUCAAUAAAAUGAUCACCACUCUCUUUGAUACCAUGAGAAUAGAGGAAUUGAAUCGCUAUCGAGACACUCUUAGGCGAGCCAUCCUUGUUAUGAAUCCUGCCACAGCCAAAUCCUUCAUUACUGAGGUUGUGGAAACUAAUUUGGUUGCUUUUGACUGUCACUGGAUCAUUAUAAAUGAGGAAAUAAACGAUGUGGAUGUACAAGAACUUGUAAGAAGGUCAAUUGGAAGGUUAACGAUUAUUCGUCAGACAUUUCCAGUCCCCCAGAAUAUAAGUCAGAGGUGUUUCCGUGGCAACCAUCGAAUAUCUUCAACAUUGUGUGAUCCAAAGGAUCCAUUUGCUCAGAAUAUGGAGAUUUCAAACCUUUACAUAUAUGAUACGGUGCUUCUGCUGGCCAACGCUUUUCAUAAGAAGCUGGAGGACCGGAAGUGGCACAGCAUGGCGAGUUUGUCAUGUAUCAGAAAGAACUCCAAGCCCUGGCAGGGAGGGCGUUCCAUGCUGGAGACCAUCAAGAAGGGUGGAGUUAGUGGGUUGACUGGAGAGCUGGAAUUUGGAGAAAAUGGAGGCAAUCCCAAUGUCCACUUUGAAAUUCUUGGAACCAACUAUGGAGAAGAGCUUGGCAGAGGUGUUCGCAAACUCGGGUGCUGGAAUCCUGUCACAGGUCUGAAUGGGUCACUGACUGACAAGAAACUGGAGAACAACAUGCGUGGAGUAGUUCUACGUGUAGUGACUGUUCUGGAAGAACCUUUUGUAAUGGUCUCUGAAAAUGUCUUGGGUAAGCCGAAGAAAUACCAGGGCUUCUCCAUUGAUGUUUUGGAUGCCUUAUCUAACUACCUGGGUUUUAACUAUGAAAUUUAUGUUGCACCGGAUCACAAGUAUGGAAGCCCACAAGAGGAUGGGACAUGGAAUGGCUUGGUAGGAGAACUAGUAUUCAAGAGAGCCGACAUAGGAAUUUCUGCUUUAACCAUCACUCCAGAUCGUGAGAACGUGGUGGACUUUACAACACGUUACAUGGACUACUCAGUGGGGGUACUACUUCGAAGGGCUGAAAAGACGGUGGAUAUGUUUGCCUGUCUUGCACCAUUUGAUCUCUCUCUGUGGGCUUGCAUUGCUGGCACAGUCCUUCUGGUGGGUCUACUGGUCUACCUCUUGAACUGGCUUAAUCCCCCACGAUUACAAAUGGGAUCAAUGACGUCUACUACUCUCUACAACUCCAUGUGGUUUGUGUAUGGAUCCUUUGUACAGCAAGGUGGGGAGGUCCCAUACACGACUCUGGCUACCCGAAUGAUGAUGGGGGCUUGGUGGCUUUUUGCUUUGAUUGUCAUCUCAUCUUACACAGCAAACCUUGCUGCUUUCCUCACUAUCACCCGCAUUGAAAGCUCCAUCCAGUCUCUCCAGGACCUUUCCAAGCAAACAGACAUCCCUUAUGGCACGGUCCUGGACUCUGCAGUAUAUGAGCACGUCCGCAUGAAGGGACUGAAUCCUUUUGAGAGGGACAGCAUGUACUCCCAAAUGUGGCGGAUGAUCAACAGAAGCAAUGGAUCAGAAAACAAUGUCCUGGAGUCCCAAGCAGGCAUUCAAAAGGUAAAAUAUGGAAAUUAUGCUUUUGUUUGGGAUGCAGCUGUAUUGGAAUAUGUGGCUAUCAAUGACCCAGAUUGUUCCUUUUACACCAUUGGGAAUACUGUUGCUGAUCGGGGAUAUGGAAUCGCAUUGCAACAUGGCAGUCCUUACCGGGAUGUUUUCUCACAAAGAAUCCUGGAGCUUCAGCAGAAUGGUGACAUGGACAUCCUGAAGCACAAAUGGUGGCCUAAGAACGGCCAGUGUGACCUGUACUCGUCAGUGGACACAAAGCAAAAAGGAGGCGCCCUGGACAUAAAGAGCUUUGCAGGAGUGUUUUGCAUCCUGGCUGCUGGGAUUGUCCUCUCCUGCUUCAUUGCCAUGCUGGAGACGUGGUGGAACAAGAGGAAAGGCUCCCGGGUCCCAUCGAAAGAGGAUGACAAGGAAAUUGACCUGGAGCACCUCCAUAGACGUGUAAAUAGCUUGUGCACAGAUGACGACAGCCCCCAUAAACAGUUUUCCACCUCGUCAAUUGACUUGACCCCUCUGGACAUUGACACUUUGCCAACACGACAAGCACUGGAGCAGAUCAGUGAUUUCAGGAACACUCAUAUUACCACAACAACCUUUAUCCCAGAGCAGAUCCAGACUCUUAGCCGCACACUGUCAGCUAAAGCUGCCUCUGGCUUCACUUUUGGCAACGUGCCUGAGCACCGAACUGGCCCUUUUAGGCACAGGGCACCUAAUGGGGGCUUUUUCAGGAGUCCCAUAAAAACAAUGUCAUCUAUUCCUUAUCAACCAACUCCUACCCUGGGGCUCAAUCUGGGUAAUGAUCCAGACCGAGGCACCUCCAUAUGA